UUUUAAGCUUUUUGGUGUCUCACUCAGCUACACACGUGAAUACAACAUGGGUCUCGACGCUGCUUCGCUCUUUAACGUCAAUGGCAUGGUCGCCAUAAUCACCGGCGGCAGCUCUGGUAUUGGCGUCACUUGGGCUCAUGCUCUUGAUCAAAAUGGCGCUGCCAAGGUCUUCAUUCUGGGUCGCCGAGAAAACAAGUUAAAAGAGGUUGCAGCCGCUGCGAAAAACAAAACCCUCAUUCCUAUCGUAUGCGACUGCAGCAAGAAAGAGUCUCUGCAAGCUGCCGCAGCACAAAUCGAGAAACAAACACCAUUCAUCAACCUCCUCAUUGCCAACGCAGGCGUGCUCUGCAAGGCCACUGGUCUGAUUCCGCGCCCGGAAGGUACGACGGUGGAACAAGUGGCGCAAGACUUGUGGGAGAAGACGACGUGGGAGGACGCAGACAACUGCCUUGCUACCAAUAUCGCCGGAUCAUACUUCACCUUCAUUGCUUUUCUGAAACUGCUGGGCGCUGGUAACGAGCACCCUGACAGUAAAUGGAAAGGACUCGUCCAAAGCCAGUUCAUCACGAACAGCAGCUCUAGCGCCCUGUGGCGCGGUGAAGAACCCGCCUACAUGUAUAAUGCAAGCAAAUCUGCGCUCAUUAAUCUGACGAAGAAUAUCGCAACGGCGUUUGCGAAAUACGGCAUUCGAGCCAACUCUAUUGCUCCGGGCUUGUUCCUUACUGAGAUCAACGAGAACGAUUUCCCACGGGAUCCGGAUCCUAAGCUUCCAGGUAGUUACCCGGCCUCGUGGCUGCCUGCUACUCGAGCUGGCGAUGACGAGGAUAUCGCAGGAGUUCUGCUGUUUUUGGCGUCUCGGGCAGGUGCCUAUAUUAACGGUUGCGUAUUGCUCACAGAUGGUGGAAUGGUCUCUACUAAGCCAGGCUCUUACUAAGCAUCACAAUGGCGUGGUUGUUUCAUAUCACCUAUCGUUGAUGAGGAAUGAGGCUGGAAUGAGAAGUUGUCAGAGGGACCACACAUAGCUCGGAAGAAUUUCUGUAUUCGCGCGGGAAAGACAACGCAUGGCUCAUGAAAUACCACAGGUGAACAUGCCACGGAGAGCUUUGGCGGCCCUUCUAUCUGUCAUGCGCAGUACGAGGAAUCCUGAAGCACUGGGGCUAGUGUCCGGCCAUUGGAUCAUGACCAUGGCCAGAAGCUCCUCACGCAGAUGAUAUUCACGUUCAUUAAGAGCGGUAAGCCGAGAGACUUCUCGGUUUGUGCGUCUGUGGUGUUGUUCAAGGUGUAAACUUCUGGCAUUUACACCACAAGGCGCCUUUUCAUUCAUC